GCUGCUGAGGAGCCACAUGGUCCAUCCCUGCAUUCUCCAAGCACUGACUGCCCAUCCACUCUGACCACAGACAGGGGCCACAUCUCACUGCCUGCCCAGCGUCCAUCCAUGGAGGUGACCACCGUGUCCCCAUCUCCUGCCUCACCCACUGAAGGAGAUGAUCUGUGUGAGACAGAUGUCACCAGUGUGGCCAUACACAGUGUGACCCUGCUCAUCUGCCUCUGUGGGCUGGCUGGGAACGGGGCUGUCAUCGGCCUCCUCAGCCUGAUAAGCUGUAAUUCUGACAUCUUUUACUUUGCUGUCUUUGACUUCCUCUUCUUUCUCCUUACAGUCCCCUCUGCCCUCACCCUCUUGGUGGAGGAUGUCUCCUGCUCUCCUAUUCUGCCCCUGCUGUACCUGAAUUUCCUUUUUGGGUUGUCACUGUUCUCCUACAGCAUAGGGGUGUUUUGGCUGAUAUUCAACAGCACUAUGCUGUACAUGUGCAAGAUCUGCUGGCUCUGCUGCCGCAGGGAGCUUCCCAAGCACCUGAGGCCAGUGCUAAUCAGUGUCCAGAAGUCGGCCUUCACUCUUCUCUUUGCUGUCAUGUUGAUGGUGACAUUCUGGUGCAGGGAGAACUGUCAGGCAAAUUUCAUCUCCUUGUACAACAUCAUGCUGCUCCUCUUUGUUGCACCUGUGGUCAUUUCUGGCACAAUUAAUUUCAUUAAGGCCAAGUGGGGCUCCCAGCAGCAGCAGCCCGAGAGGCACGACAUCGUUAUCUUUCUUAUGGCGCUCUUCAUUCUCUUCCUCAGCCUCUGGAAUUUCCUGCAGCAGCUCGGUUACAUCACAGUACCCUCUCAGGUUGUUUUCCUCCUCGCCUGCAUCCACAGCACCAUCAAACCCCUCAUCUACUUCUUGGCAGGGAGGUGCUGGAGGCCCUGCUCCAUAAGGUUCCUCCAGCUCUCCCUCCAGAGGGUCAUUGAGGAGCCGAGAGAAAACACUGCCCACAGCAAUGAUCCCACCAUGGACACGGGGAUCUGA